AUGGUCCCUGACAGUACUUUCGCAUCCUGCGUUCCGGUACUCGAAGAUGCUGCGCUUGAUCAGGAAGAGAAGACAGAGAAGAUAGAGGUGUUGUUGAAAAAUGAGCUCUCGUUGGAAGGCCAGGCUCUCGAAGAUGCUGUGUUGAAUGUUUUGUGGCGCCAUCGAGACAACAAGAAUCCUUCCAAAUCUGCACCGCUGAUUCGUCACCCCGUCGUCAGAUCAAGCUCUCCAUCUCCAUGGCAGCAUGUUCCUCGCUCUGGAACGCCGUCAGCCACAGGCUCACCUAGUAUUGGAAGAGCAAGCCCAGCUCCUCGUGCAAGCUUCGGAGGUGCUGCUCCUGGGUUUAUCAGAUCGAAGUCGUUCGGGACAAGCAGUCCUUUUGGGUCACCACGCCCGUCCCCACGCUUAGCCGUGGCAACUCCUAUACCACAUAGUCCUAGCCUUAGCAAUUACGAAUUCAGUGUUGGAGGCAGUGAAAAGACCGAUUAUGGUGACUAUGGUAGCGAUACAGUCGAGUGGCUUAUCAAUGAUGAUUCUGCAAGUAGACCCUCUUCAUCUGGAGCAGGGAGUGUAUCCGAGGGCGGGCUCAACGCUGCGGCUACUCCUUGGAUCCAGCCUCAGGCGAGUGAAAUGUCUUCAUAUGAUAUGCUCAGAUCCGUGAUGGGCGACGGAAAGAGCGACGAAGAGAUUGAAGCCGCUCUCGAGGCCAACGGAUAUGAUCUCAGUGCCACGAUCAUGAAUCUGAUGGGCUCGACCGCAACCUCGCAAGAGCAGAAUUACUUUCCUGACAGCGAUGGCCAAAUACUAAUUGGGAACCACGAUCUCAGUAACCACAUAUGCAAAUAUUGGGUCAUGGGCAAUUGUCUGGCUGGAGACUCCUGCAUCUUCUCGCAUGAUCCUACUCUUUUGAUGAAUCGCAUGAGCUUUGGCGAGGAACCUCUCAGCACACCAAAUGUCCAGUCUCAUCCGAGUUUCCAAGUACAGGACCAAGACUCAUUUCCUACCUUGCAACCUGCAGCACAGCUCCAACAUCGUGCAACAUCUCCCGGUCAAAGCCAUGCCCAACGCUAUGGCGUUUCUCCCACUUCCCAAGGUCUUUAUGGCUCCCCACGGCGGCAUUUCGAGCCUCGGCCUAGCGCAAUGAAUGGUCUGACAUCGUCUUACGGCUCAGGGAGUUCGCGUCCUACGAGCCGACACCGUUCUCCUCAUCCAAAUCAAAUUGUCAACCUCCCGGCUGUAGAUGAUACGGAAGCGUUUCCGUCCCUUGGGACUUUGGGUCUGAAAGUAGGGAAGAAGCACCAUGGUAAGCGGGGAGGACAUGGCCACAGUCAUGCCAACAAAGAAAACACACCCAAUUCUCUAGCGGAUGUAGUGCGGAUGUCCCCUGGCCCAUCUCCUGGGCUUCUUCGGAAAGGUCUCGCAAAAGCGAAAGCAAAUACGAUUAACUCAGCUGGAGGGGGUUCAAUUCCUGCCCCUCAACACGUCCCUUGGCUUGAGACUGGCGCUAAAGCCAACCAAGAAUAUCUCAAAUCCCGUCAAGAAGCUUUCAUGCAUGGAGCUAAGCGCAACAAGUUCUUGCAGAGUGCAGCACAAGCGUGGAACCGCAAUGAUGCCCGUGCCGCAAAAGCGCUUUCUCUUCGCGGCCAAUCAGAGAAUGACCUAAUGCGGAAAGCACAUAGAGAAGCGGCGCGCCUACUCUACGAAACUCGUAACAAAGACUCAGGCCAUUCACCUGAGGUCUACGUUGACCUCCACGGAUUACACCCUGAUGAAGCUGUCAGCUUUCUGGAAGACAAGCUUGUCGAGCAGCAGCGCACUGGUAAGGUGGUUUAUGCCAUCACUGGGACGGGGCAUCACAGCAAGAACGGAAAGGAUAAGGUAGGUAAGGCUGUUCGGACGUGGUUAGGCGAAUGGAAGUACGCCUUUCGAGAGUUUGGGGCUGGGGGUGCGGAGGGGUUGGGCGGUAUUUUAGGGAUUGAUCCAGGGAGCUUUGACAGAAGCACGCUUGCUGAUAAGGAGAGGGGAGGGACGAACCAUGGUGCUGAGGAGGAAAUUUUAGGAAGCAAGGUCAAAAUCGUGAAGGCGACAGAUAUUGAAAGUGACGAUGGAGAAGGCGGGUGA